AUGGAGAGUCCCCAUGGGAUCUUGUUUCUCGCACUUAUUGCAAUUUUCGCAAUUAGUAGUCUUGCUCAAGCUGAAGAUCAAGAAGGCUUCAUCAGUUUGGAUUGCGGUUUAUCCCCGAGUGAAGCAUCGCCAUAUACCGAGCCAGAUACCGGACUACGAUUCUCAUCAGACGCAGACUUCAUCCAAAGUGGAAAGAUUGGAAAAAUUGAUGCAAGUCUACCCAAGACCUUAAAGUCAUACGUAACGCUGAGAUACUUUCCAGAUGGAAUACGAAACUGUUACAAUCUUAAUGUGAAGCAAGGAACAAACUAUUUGAUGAGAGUUACAUCUCUAUAUGGGAAUUAUGAUGGUUUCAAUAGUACUCCUAAGUUUGACUUAUACAUAGGCCCUAACUUUUGGGUAACAAUAGACCUGGAAAACAAUAUAAGCGGUCAAACCGAGGAGAUCAUAUACAUCCCAAGAUCAGAUUUCGUAGAUUUGUGUCUUGUUAAGACCGGCACGACGAAUCCAAUGAUUUCAUCCGUGGAACUAAGGCCGUUAGCAAAUGAUAUUUACAUCACUGAAUCAGGUUCGUUGAGGUCUCUCAAGCGAUACUAUCUUAGCAAUACAGAUACCAUUCUAUCGUACCCAGAUGACGGCAACGAUAGAAUAUGGGAACCAAAGUUUGUGCCAGAGUGGAAACAAAUUUCCACCACCUUCGAAGCCGAAGCGAACAACUCUAAUGGGUUUCUUGUGCCGCAAAAUGUGCUCAAGACCGCCUCCAUACCUGCGAAUGGUAGUGCACAGUUUAAUAUUACAGAGGAGCUUGAUUUACCUGAUGAUGAAGUUUACGUGUACCUCCACUUCUCUGAGGUCCAAUCAUUACGUGCCAAUGAGUCUAGAGAGUUUGAUAUUUUUUGGAACGGGGAAGAGUUUAAGAAAGCAAUUAGCCCUAAGUAUCUGAAGACCACGACAAUGUACUCCACAACACCACUUAUUUGCAAAGGUGGAGAAUGCAACGUAGAGCUGAGAAGAACUAAAAACUCUACUCUCCCACCUCUUCUCAAUGCCAUCGAAUUUUAUACAGUAAUCAAAUUUCCACAGUUGGAAACAGAUGAGAAUGAUGUUGUUGCUAUCAGGAAAAUCAAAGCCAGAUAUGGAUUGAAUAGAAUCACAUGGCAAGGAGAUCCAUGCGUCCCGGAGAAGUUUUUAUGGGACAAUCUAAGUUGCAACAGCACAGACACAUCUACACCACCAAGAAUCACUCAUUUGUGA